GGAAGAGGUAGUUGAUGAAAUAAAACAACAGCAGCAUGGCACCAUCGACCUCGUCUGCCGCCUCCGCAGGUGUUCCAACGCCAAAACAAUCACUUGGGUUUGUCGCCAAUGCAAUCAAAAGAAAAGACAGCUUCAUCCAGUUCUUCGCCAUGACUGGAAUCUUGCUGCUAAGCAUGCGAUCGGUCGGGCAAAAAUACAAAAUCCAAGAACUCGAGGAUGAUACAGCUGCCUUGGAGAAAGAGAAAAAUUCCAUCUCCGAUCGCAUCAAUCACAUCAAAAGCAGCCUUCUCGCUGAAGCCGCCCUCGAUACCAGCGGCUCCUUUGCCGCCAGGCUCCGCGUUCUCUUUGGCGACAAUAAUUAACAUGCGAGUCAAAAACUUUACGCCUUUUAAUCUACUCGUUGAUUCAUCAUAAACUUUGAGGUGCAUCAAAAUUUGUUAGAUGUAGGGAUUAUUCUUUGGUGCAGCAAUAUAUGAACUCUGAACAAAAUUCAUGUCUGAUGCUUGUAAACGCAAUUUAUAUAAAAGAAAAUUUGGAAAAUAAUUGUUGAU